AUGACCCAAAUUGUCAACGUGGUCCUUGAAAAUGGGACAAUUGUGGAACAACAGGAAUUUAAAUGGGAUUCCAGGCAAAAAGGAAUGGCCCUAGGUUCCUUUUUCUACGGCUACAUAUGGACUCAAGUGCUGGGUGGAGUCCUAGCUGCACGCUUUGGCGGGAAUAUUGUGUUUGGUUAUGGACCAGGAAUAAGUUAUAUCCUAACUCUGCUCUCACCUGCAGCAGCGAAACUUGGACUUUAUCCAUUAGUUGUAUUAAGGGUUUUAAUGGGAUUAUUUCAGGGUGUCUCUUUUCCUAGUAUUCAGGAAGUUUAUUCAAAUUGGGCACCUGAGUACGAAAAGACUAGAAUGGCAGGUGGUAUCGGUUGCCUUUGGUUUCUUCUCUGGGCAAUAUACAUCAAGAGAAAUCCGGCAAGUGAUCCUCGUAUUUCUGCUAAAGAAAGAGCCUACAUUGAGUCUAGUCUUGCGGGGAAGAAUCUUCGGGAAGAUACUAAAAUUCCAUGGAAGCUUCUCCUUACAUCCAAAGCUGUAUGGGCUCAAACAAUCGUAACCAUCGUUGAUGCCUAUUUCAGUUUCACCUACAUGACUCAGAUCCCAGCUUACCUUAAGGAUAUUUUGAACUACAAUUUGGGUACAUCUGGCUUCCUUGCUGCCAUACCUUUUCUCCUUUUCAUCAUUCUCACACCAGUUACAAGUAUUGUCAGUGAUUUCCUGCGUUCCCGAAAAAUUCUUAGUACAGUAAAUGUUAGGAAAUUAUUCAUAGGAAGUGGUUUACUAUGUUGUGCUUGGGUGUAA